CUGGACAGAGGUUCUGGUGGCCUCAGCCUUAAGAGGCGCAGGCCAGGCGGCGUCCCCAUUGCUUCCCUUCAGGCCGGCGGUAGCAGCAGCAGCGGGGACAGCAGCAGCUGCGACAGCAUGGCGCUUUGGGGACCCCAGCUGCUCCUCUGCGCCCUCCUUCUCACCCGCAUUGCUGCGGAGGCGCCAACCUCCAAGCCCAAGAAGGCUCCUACUGCCCGGAAGGACCUCGUGAGCCCCAAGAUGUUCGAGGAGCUCAAGAGUCGCCUGGACAGCCUGGCGCAGGAGGUGGCCGUGCUGAAGGAGCAGCAGGCGCUGCAGACGGUGUGCCUCAAGGGCGCCAAGGUGCACCUCAAGUGCUUCCUGGCCGUGGCGCAGGCGCGCGCCUUCCACGCGGCGGGCGAGGACUGCAUCGCGCGCGGGGGGACCCUGGCGGCGCCGCGCUCCGAGGCGGAGAACGAGGCGCUGCGCGAGUACGCGGCGAGCAGUCUGGGCGCGACGGCCGAGCUGUGGCUGGGGCUGCACGACCUGGGCUCCGAGGGCUCCUGGGUGGACGCGAGCGGCGCGCCCGCCGCCUUCCUGCACUGGGAGACGGAUAUCACGGCGCAGCCCGACGGCGGCGCUGCCGAGAACUGCGCGGCCAUGGCCGGGGCAUCGCACGGGCGCUGGUUCGACCGGCGCUGCCGGGACGCGCUGCCCUACGCGUGCCAGUUCGCCAUCGUGUAGACCUGCACCCCUGGGUCCCUCGGAUCCCUUUGCAAAUAAAGUCGGUGCCACUCGAUGGAGA